AUGUUUUCCAGAUUAUCCAGAUCCCACUCAAAGGCAUUUCCAAUUGCUCUAGGUACAGCAGCUAUUGCAGCCGCAGCGGCACUCUAUUUUGCCAAUCGUAAUCAAUAUUCAUUUCUCUUCAAUGAAUCCAACAAAGUGUUUAAAGGUGACGACAAAUGGGUUGAUUUGCCUAUAUCUAAAAUAGAGGAGGAAUCCCAUGACACCAAAAGGUUUACUUUCAAGUUGCCAACGGAAGAUUCAGAAAUGGGUUUGGUUCUAGCAUCCGCUCUGUUUGCCAAAUUCGUUACACCAAAGGGUUCUAACGUGGUUAGGCCAUACACUCCUGUGAGUGAUCUUUCCCAAAAGGGCCAUUUCCAAUUGGUCAUCAAGCAUUACGACGGUGGUAAGAUGAGUUCACAUCUAUUCGGCCUGAAAGCAAAUGACACCGUUUCAUUUAAGGGUCCUAUCAUGAAAUGGAAGUGGCAAUCCAACCAAUUUAAGUCAAUAACGUUGUUGGGUGCUGGUACAGGUAUCAACCCCUUGUAUCAAUUGGCCCAUCACAUAGUUCAAAAUUCCAAGGACAAAACGAAGGUUAACUUGUUAUACGGUAACAAAACACCUCAAGAUAUCCUGUUAAAGAAAGAGUUGGACGACUUGCAGGAGAAGUACCCUGAUAAAUUCAACGUUACAUACUUUGUCGACGAUAAACAAGAGGUUCAGGAAUUUGAUGGCGAAGUCGGCUUCAUUUCCAAAGACUUCAUUCAAGAGCAUGUUCCAGGUCCAAAGGAAGACACACAUCUGUUUGUCUGUGGUCCUCCGCCAUUCAUGAAUGCUUAUUCAGGUGAAAAGAAAUCACCUAAGGACCAAGGUGAAUUGAUCGGUAUCUUGAAUAAUCUAGGCUACUCUAAGGAUCAAGUUUUCAAGUUUUAA